UGUGUUUCCCGGAAAGCGCGCUGGACGUCUUGUUGCCGCGAGACCGUCGCCAGGCAACCGCGUGUACACCGGGCCCAGCUACGGUCGCGUCAAUAUGGCAGCGCGGCGCGUCUCCUCCGUCCAUCUAUCCAACUUGUCUCCCACGUCCGUGUCGCCACCAGUACCGCCGCCAACCCCGAUCUCGACCUCGACCGCGCUCUCGAAGUCGCCCCAGGAGUCAAAGCCGAGCUCUCCGAUCCUGCUGCCUGGCUCCGCCUGCUCCGAGGUCACGUUGCCCCUUGCCGUGUUUUAUGGGCCGCUGGACGCUAAAAACCCGCUCCUGGUCUCCUGCGAGAAGGAGGUCCGUGAGUUGCUAGGCUUUAUGAAGAGAAAGAAGACUUUAGCGACUACGGAGGAACAGGUGCAUGGAUUCCACCGGCGUUGUGCCACCUCUUUGUUUAAUAUCUGGACCAAAUACGCCCCCCGGCUGCCAGCUGCCUAUUACAACGAAAAGCUUCUGAAGGUUGGAGAUAGCCUUUGUCAAAUGAAAGAAUACAAAUUGGCCCUUUUACAGUGCUAUGGAAGAUACCUUCAGCAGUUCACUACCAACUUUGAUGAGAAUAAAACAGAUGUGAUUCAAUUCAAAACUGUCUUUUUCCCAAAAGGCCUUGGAGACAAAACUGCUGGACUUACAUUUCAUGCUUUAAACAGCAAAAAUAUUUGCAGCUACCAGCUGGUCUGUGAGAGCGAUGUAAACCUGCAGAAUAAAGAAUCUGUGAUCCAGUGUCUGCAAAUCUUGUCCUCCUUAAGACUCAUCAUGCAGGUGGCUCUGCCACAGGAGCACCUUUGCUGGAUUAUCUUAAAUGGUACCAUUUACAUUUACACUAUUUGCAGAAAACUGAUGAUCAUAGGCCAGUCUUCAAAGGCCUUAGAAUAUCUCCUGUGGGCCAGUAUAUGUAUGGAGUCCUCGGUACCACUCCUGUCUGUCAGAUACUUGACGUGGAGAGCCACUCUCUACACUGCUGUUUGCCAGUGCUACUAUGACUGCCAAGUUGGUAUUCAUGGAGAGGGAUUUGCUCGACGUGCUUUAGCUAAAAUUGAUGAGUUAAGACAACUGGAAUUAAUGAGUUCUUCACAACCACAGGAAGAAUCUAGAAGACAUUAUAGAGAGGCCACGAUAAAGAUGGCAGUGAUGAUCUUCAAAAGAGGAGUAUUUGAAUCUAGAAGAAAAAGCAAAUCUCUCUUUAGACCGAAGCAAAGAGUUAACUUAAGGGAAGCACAAACUUUGCUGUGGCCACGUACUCUGACAGAACGGUUGUUGGAUGAGAUGUUCGAUAGCACUGCAUCCCGGUUUCUGGCCAUUUUGGAAGCUCUUUCUGAUUCAAAUAGACGAAUACUGCAAACAGGACCUGUUGUUACAGAUGAAGUAGAGCUUCGUGAUGUUGCCUCAGAACUGUUUAUAGCAGGAAGAGAACUUUUAAUAGUUUCAAAUGCUGGCACAGAUGGUAUGCUUGGAUUUUCAAAAUCAUCUCUUCUGGAGCAUGUUAUAGAAAGAAAAAAUGUUAUUUCUCUAGAUGCUGCUGUGAAAUUUAUAAAAUUAGCUUUUAGCUAUGAGGAAUGGAGUUUAUUUGAAUCAUCAGCUGCUCAACUUAUUUAUUUUCUCCAGAGGCAAGAUGAUCCGGAGUCAAAGAAAGCAGAGAAGGAUUUAACUCUUCUUCUUGCAAUAGAACCUCUGAUCAAUGUAAAGAGAAGCAAAGGUUUGGUCUUUCCUUUGGAAAGCUUCAAAGAAGGACAAUGUGCUCAAGCGUAUGUACGAAAAAUUGCUCCUCAGGAAUCUUGUAUGAAAACUGUUGGAUAUUCAGAAGAUAUUUUCCAGUUGGCAGCAACCUUAUAUUCCUGUGUCUGUUCCUCUUCCCAGAAUGUUCAGCCUGAUAAAGAAAUAGUUGUGGACAUGAUAAUGUUCCUGUGGCAGAGAUGCAAAUUGGGAGUUCAGCGGAUCAAUAUGUCCAAAAAUGACUAUGCAAAAUUCACCCAGAAAAUCAGUACUAACAAAUGGGUUUAUCUUCUGUGGCAGAUAAAUGAAAUAAUUCAUUGCUAUAAAGUGGAAGACAUUGACAUUGUGGUGGUCGCAGAGGUCACAUUACGAUUAAGUGAAAUAUUGGAGUGUUUAGGAAACCCAGCAAGAAAAUUUAAAAAAUCUCUAGAGUUAUCUUUAAGAAAAGGGAAUAGUGAAUUGCCUGUAUACUUGAAAGGGAGCUCGGAAAUUCUUCCAAUAUUAAAGAAAAAUCCCGAUGAACAAUUAUAUUUUGCUUAUGGACUUCUUGACAAAGUAAUUGGGGCAAUAAAUUUGAAUUGCAUGGUAACUACUUUGCCAAAUGGGUCAUCAGUAAUUGAUCACUGUUAUACCAAGUAUGUCCAAGAUAUAAAUGGAAACACUUGCAAACCAGUUACAGCAAAUAGUUUCAUGAUGGAUUUGCAUCUUGAACUAAUUCAAGCCCAGCAUCGAAUAGCCGUCAUGCUUCUUGAUCAAUUAAAAGUUUUGCAGACUCCAACUGUUAGCAACGUUUCUACCAAAGGCCUGGAAAAGUCAAAACAGUCUGGAAGCACUGAUUGUUUCACAGAAUUAAGUGUAAUGAAUAAAAUAAAGAAGAAUAAACUAUCCAAAGCGAUUUACUUGAUGCAGAAGGCUCUUUUAAUAUUUGAGAAAGAUGCAACCUCUACAUCUUCACAUGACUUUUUGAUGGAAGCAUAUUCUUUAAUUGAGAAGACUGAAGCAGAACAAAAUGCUCUGUAUUUAUAUCAGAAAGACUUUGAAAAUUCGAAAAGAAAGAAAAGCAGAAUUCCUCCUCCACCUAUCCUGCUGUCCCGGACUCAUUGUUCUGUGACAUUGAAACCUGCUCCAUUUAUUUCAGAUGUCAAGGUCUCCUGGUACUGCAUUUUGGGUUGCAAAGCAGAAGGAAGCUAUGGAAAAGUAAGGCUAAACAAUAACCAUCUCCCAAACUCAGGAGAAGCGAUACCAGCUGAUGGUCAGAGCAUUUUUGAAGUGAAAGGUUUAGAAACCAAUGAAAAAUACAUAUUUGCAAUUGCUGCUUAUUCUUCUAAUGGGAAGCUUAUUGGUGAUGCUAUUGGGGAGACAACAAAGCCAAUUCUGGUUUAUCCACCCCUUUCUGCACUUACUGCUCGGACGUUCCUGACUCAGGUUGCCUACCAGAUGGGUAACUAUGAAUUGACUAAGAGAGUUUUUUCACCAGUUUGGGAUUAUUUUGUUGUUUCACCACUUCAGGAUGACCAGUCUAUUACUUGUUUAAGCAAUAUAAUGACUAUCACACAGAGAAGAUUAUAUUCAGACAUUUUGGCAGAGACAUCUUCGAUCCUUUUAUACCUUUUUCUUAGAAAUAUUUUUGUAACAAGUGACAUUAAAAUCAAAGAAGAAAACCUCUUCUGUGAUAAUAUUAAAGGCAAUGAGAUUUUCCCCUCUCAACAAAUUGCUAGACUAAUUGAAUGUGAGAGAGUAUUAGUGGCAUUGGAACUUAGCAACUUUCUAAAUGAUUCCAGUUAUGCCCUUCAAGCGGUGACUCAAUGUUAUGGCCUCCUUGCUCCUAUCAUCUAUCACAAUAUUGUCUUGGUACCUGUCGUACAGAUCUUGAUAAAGUGUAUAGUGGUUUUGCAAGGACUACCAAAUAUUGGCUUCUCAAAGAAACAGACUGGGAGUUUUGAAAGUGUACAGCACAUGAUAGCUUGUUGUAUCUUCUAUAUCACAAAGAUUCUGCGUUCAUGGAAGGAAUAUGAUUUAGCAGUAAUGAUUAUAAAUUAUGGAAAAAAGAUGUUGGACAUCACAUCAGGAUGCAGAUCUCUAUUUGGUAUUAGUGAACAAGAAGAACCAACAGAUGAGGGUUCUUCUAAGAAGUGUUUAAAGACUAAGAAGCCACAGCAGAUAGUAGUGCCUGAAAAAAUAAACGAACAGCUGGCCUUAUUGGAGACGCACCUACUCAAACUGACAAAGCAAUAUGUUGGAACUGAACUCUCAGGAGCAGAGGACCCUAUAUUUCUCUACCCUAUAGUUUUAAACUGGUCAGUCAAAGGCUCUGUGAAAGAAGUUAUGAAAUUUAAGCAGAGACCUAGAUUCCUGGAAUUCUUUACACAAGUUAUGCUAAAAUGCAUAAAUGAUGAAAAAUUUCACCUUAUGGUGGAGAUAACAACUCCUGUCCAUGACUACUUGAAAAGGAGGAAUGAGUCCCUGCUUGGAGUAAAAAGGCCAAAAUUUAGGGACAAUACUUUGAAUAAAAAGCCGAACAAACCUAUUAAGAAGUUCAAAGCUGUAGUAAUGGAGAUUGGAAAAGUUUCAGAAGUGCCAAGAAAAAAACGUAAAAGAACGGAAACUCUAAGAGAAUUUUUUUCCAAAAAUCCAUCUAUUUCUGAAAUGAUGGAACAGGACAGAAAUAAGAGACCUGAUGUUAGAAAAAUAGCCCAUCGAUUCCUGGUGGAUUGUAUGAAUCCUAUAAUAUUAAAUUAUGUUAAAAGAAAGAGAUUCCAUCAAAUAUUUCUUGAGGAGAUGCCCUGGAGAUCUCAGAUGAACCUGUAUCUGGCAAACGCACACUUCAACCUGCUUUUACAAAAGCUAGGGGAGCGUAUGAAGAUGAAAUUUGGUACUUCACAGGCAAUGGUCAGUUUCCGAUCAUUUGAUCCUAAUAUGUUCUCAUUAUAUAAUUCAGGAACAGUAUUACCAACAGCAAAAUUUACGGUAGAAAGUUACAGAGCAAUGCUUGAUUUCCUUCUUACAGCUAAAAAAAGAAGGGCCAACUUACCAUCAGAUGCUGAUGAAUUUUCUGUGUUUAUUAAUUUCAAAAUAAAUGACAAAGAUAAUCCCAAGACACAAACAGGUUCUGACUCAGACUGUCAAUCAAUUAUUAGUUCUAAAGAAAAGGACCGAGCAGCAAAUUUGUGUCUAUUGGACCAUUUUAUGAAAAUCUUUUUAUACUGCAGGAGAGCAAUGGUUCUGGCUCAUCGUGGCGGCUAUUGGACUCUGCUUCAGAAUUGCUGUCGGGCCUUUUGGAACUAUACUCAGGAGCUACAGAUACUUCUUAAACAAGCAGUCGAUCUUUAUAAAACAUUUCCUAUUAAUCAAGAUGGUUUCCUCUGUAUUUCUGUUUUACCAUUCUAUAUGGGAGCAGAAUUACUUACUGACAUGUUAAUAGAGCUACAAAAUAUCAAUUCUAUUAAGGUUAUUGAAGACAAAGGAGAGUUCAGUGUUCCAAGCUGUUAUGGAAAUAUUAAAAAUGAUAAUGGUGGUUCUAGCCUUACUUUUGAGCAUCCUUUAGAUGAUGUGAAUGUAGUUGAUUUGAAAUGGAUCCAUGACUUCGUAUUAAAGUCUCUGGAAGUUUUGUAUCAAGUGGAGAAAUGGGAAACAUUAGUAUCUCUUGCCAUUAAGUUCAAUGCGAUUUCGCAUGAGAGGUAUACAGAACAAGUGACACCACUACUGGUGUAUGCUCAGCGCCAGCUUCUUCUAAGAAUACAGAAUUUCAAGGGCCCGAAUAUUACCCAGCAACCUUGUGAAAGGUAUGAGGCUGAGAAGAUCACCUGCCGAAAUUUCGUUGGGAAGCAGCUCAAGAUUAAUCCUCCAACCAAUAAAGUGACAUAUAUGGGAAACUGGGCAGAUUUACUAAAAAAGCUUAUCAGUUCAGAAUACAGCCAUGCCAAAGAGCUUGUCUGUGUACCUGUGGAUGUGACAGAUACUUUGAAGUGUUUUAGAGAAACCUUGGAAAAAUCCAAAUAUUACAACAGAUCAAUCCGACACAGCAGAAAGUUGCUCUCAUUAUUUCUUGCACAGACACAAGAUGUUCUCCAAGCCAGCCAUCAAAGAAGUCUGAAAGUCCAGGCACUGCAUGAGCUUGGAAGUCUUCUCGUCUUUGCAGAGAAGAAAAGGACUGCUUUUAAGUGUUGGUGUCAGGCUCUUGAUGACAUAUUCAGAAAAUCAAACGUGCUACAUACAUGGAAAGAGUUUGGCACAUCGUUCGCUAAUACCAGUGACAGCUGUUCACCUCCAGGUUUUAAAGACUACAGUGAGGAAUUUCUGUCAAAAGUUGGCAUUUGGGGAUGUUUGCAAGGAGCAGUCAUAUCAGCAAAGAUAGCACAAUUUAUUAAGACAUUGAAUGUUAAAAAGAGAAUCAACUGUUGCAUUUUGUCUGCAUUACUCUUUCAGGGCUUGCUGAGAACAACCCUUCCACAUCCCAAAGCUGAGCAUUGUUAUGCUCAGUAUGAAAUUAUUCAACUUCUUCCAGGCAUUGAGCUCUUCUCAGAUAGAUACAGGGCUGACAUUUGCUCUGUAGUUGCAAGUCUUUAUUACAUUAUACGGGAACUGCACUUUGCUCAGCAAAAUCUAAUGGUUCUGCCUCUCCUUGCACUGUACCAAUACUUUGUUUCUGAAAUUUGCCAAGACAUAAACAGAAGCAUAGAAGCAAGACUCCUCAAGGUAGAAGUCCUUAUAGAUUUAGGAUUCUUUUCUGAAGCCUUUUAUGAGAUGUCCCAGGUUUUACAUGGGAAAAACAUGCCUUCCACAGUAUCUGCUGGCUGUAAAGCUCCUGGAAAAAUAAAGAUAUUUCAAUCAUUUGACUCAGGAAAACCUCUUACUAGCAAAGAAAAUUUACAGGCACUUGAUGAAUUAAUAAAUAAAGGCUCGCCUGUAUUUCUGGUUUCAUUUGGCCAACAACAUCUCUUAAGUAAGUUUUGCUUGGUCAGAGCACACUUUUUCAUAAGUGUGGCUGCAACAAUAAAUUGUAUCUCAGAAAAUACAUCAAAAACAUGCCAACACGGACCUAUUUACGAGAGGAACAAAGCAAACCUCCCAAACAUAAAAGAACUUUUAAAGGAGGAUGGUGGCUCAAAUACUCAGCUUACAAAAAUUGGAGAUGAGUUCACUCUUAGCACACUAAAGUCAAUUUUACUGUUGGAAGCAGAAGAGAGGCUAACCUUCCUUAUAUCAGAGAUGGAUUAUUCAGGCCACAAGGACCUCUCUCAGUGUUCUGCUAGCGAGUUGGAGAUUGUGGUGGAGGCCAGGCUUCAGAUGGCUGCAAUUGCCCUGCAGAAACAUCUGACAGCAUACAGCGCUGCAAUAGUAUUUUCCAUACUUAAACUUCUCCAGGAUUCAAAAAUUUUUAAAAAGAAGGUAGUGCAAGAUGACAUGGAGAGUUCCAUUCCUUCAGGAACUUCUACCACUGAGAAUAAAGAAGAUGAAUUUUUAGAUCCUAUUUCCCUAAAUUCCCGAGAAUAUUUCAACAUUCAUCUGUGGUUGAGGUGCCGCUUAGCAUUGGUGACUGCGUUCGUCGCCCAGGUUCGUGGCAUCGGAAUCAUGAAAGAAAAUGAUAUGACAGAUUGUGUGAGCCUCAUCAAUGAAGCGUGUGUGGAGGCAGAGAAUGCAGGUGACAUGGAGCUACAGGCUGAGUUCUUGAUGCAAGCUGUAAUCCUUGGCCUGCAAGAAAAGCAUUUAAAGGCAGACAUUAUCACGAACCUUCAGGCAAUAAUACAUUUGCUUGAAGGAAAUCAGUUUAUUUCUCCUCGAUCUCAUUUAACCCUGGUGAGAAGCUUACUUUUGUUGGAUGACUUAACAAAUGCUGAGACAUUCAAGGAAUCUCCCUCUUCAAAAACAGAUCAUUUAACUUUGUUGACUCAGUCUCAUAACAUUCUUAUUGAUCAGAUGCUAACUUUUGGAGAAACAAUUGAAUUUCCAGUAUCAAGCACUGAAUAUGCAAAUCCACUACAGCCUUUGAAAAAUAUCUAUCUUCCUCAUGUCAUGUUAUUGGCCAAAAUAAAAAUGAGAAUUGGACAUACAGUGGCCAAGGAAAUAUGUUAUACCAAUAAAAAGAAGGACCCCUCAAAGUGGUUACCUGCUCUUAAUCUCUUUGAAAUGGCAUUGAAGCUUUGUAAGAUAUCAGCAAUAGAAGAACAUGAGGUAGAAGCUGAAAUUCUUUUUCAGAAAGGCAAAAUAGAAUGCCAAAUAUUGAUGAACCAGAAAUCUCCACAUUUCCAAUAUGAGAGUUUAUUUGAAGCUAUACAACUAAGCCUGAAAAAUGAUCAAAACUCAGGGUUAAUAAGAGACUCCUACCUAGAAAUGGCCCUAUUAUAUUUUCAUCUGAGAAAGCCAAAGAACAGACUUUCAACAUCACCAUUAAUGUUUAAGGCUUCUUCCAGAAGGCAGAGUUCUAUUAAAGACACAGCAUUAAAUAAAUUUGAAACGUACAAUUCAUUGGCCUGGAUUGCAAUAAGAGCUGCUGCACAGGUCAGUGAAGCUGUGCUGGCAAUUAAUCUGCUUAUUGGAAAGAAGAAUGCUAAAACUGAUAAAGUUAACCAGGUGACAUUACCAAAUUUCCCAGAAUUUGCUGCUGUGGAUCUUUUAUCUUCAUAUACAGAUUAUUUGCAUGGUAUGUUUGGAUGCCACGUAGGCGUUUUAUAAAAAGCUGAUAUUUGU